AACAUAAUAACCUAGAUAAUGUGUCGAGGUCUUGAUCUUUGCUAAUUAUGAAUUCAUCGACAUAAUGUUAUACUCGGACGUCACGCGAGCAUAUAAAAGCCGAAGACGUCCACGACUGGGGACACAUUUACACGUUCCUUUAACACGAUAAAGGACACCGGAGCCGAGUCUGUUUCGCCGUGAAACGAAAUAUAACAUUUUUCUGUAAAGUUGUCGUUUAUAUUUUUUUUUCUUUCGGCCUGCGGUUUUUCAAGACUUGACAAAUAUAUUGCAUGAUAACAGGUACGAUAGUAUUUUAUUAUUUUUCAUUAACUAAAAUUAGGUAUGUUAUUUUUUCCCAACUUAAUGUUUAACACAGUCCGUACAUAAAUAACAUUAAUAUUACACUAUCAUCGUCUAUUUAUUGUAUUAUAUUUUUUUUUCAAUGGAAAUUUUUUAAUGAUGUGGAGGCAUGCAUAUCACUCUAGACCUCAUCAUUGAGAUUGAGGACAUAUUUUUAAUAUCGAGAGUUUAGUGUUUUUAGCAAAACUAAUUUUUUGUCGUUCCAAUUUUUAAAAUAAAUCGAUAUUACUAUGCAAUAUUAUUCACCGUACAUAAUAAAAUCGUUUAAAUUUUAGAUUUUUAGCGAUGCCAAGAAUAUAUUAGUUUUAAAAUGAUGUUUUUUUAUUUUAGUUUCUGACCACAAGAAUGAAUAUAUUCGUUUUAUUAUGUUUUUUAUCCUCCGAUUAUACAAUUUUUUCAUGAGAAAUCUUAAGUAGAUUUCCAAGUGUAACAUCUUUUUUAGAAGUAUAGUUUUUGUAUAGUUAGAUUGUAGUUUUACAUUAAAGUAUUUUAAGUUCAAUAUAAUAUUAUAAUGAAUAAAGUUUAUAAUAGUUUAUUUAAUAUAGGUUUGUAAUUAUUUUUAUAUUAAAAAAAAAAAAAAAACAAUAAAGGAACGCUAUCAAUUUCUAAUAGAAAUUGGGGUUCGUGUAAAAUAUCUAUCAUAAGUUGUACUUUGCGGAAAAAAAAGUUGAACGUAAUGUAGUAAUUUUUCUAUCGGCAUCUUAAGGUUCAAAUUUUGAUGAAAAUCGUAGAAAUCAUGGCAUUUCAAAACAUCUUUAACCGAACUUCGCUCAGAAUCGUAUUUCGUAUUUUGUAUGCUUGUUAAAGCUUUUUCUACCAGAAAUCUUCAACCGAUCAAAAACUUUUUACUAAAUUUCUUUUAGAAUUUUAGAUCUGCUAGGUAAAUACCGUCAAUUACUUCCUAAUACUGUGGUACCCAUCAUAGCAUGAGGUUUUUUUUUUAAAAUAUAUUUUCGUGUAAUUUAUGAUAGGUACGUUACAGUUUCAUAUAUUAUUAUGAAAUAAGUUUUCUGAGUUUUCGAUUACUUUUGGAAACAUAAAGUCGCAUAAUAUUAUAUAUUAAAAAAAAAAACUUAAAAAUAUAUUUAAUUUACGUUUUAUGUAGAUACGAAUGGUAUAUGGGCACAAUACUUGCAUAAGUACUAAUAACAACAACAACACUAAUACCUAAUAAAACAUAAUAGAAUAGUUAUAUAAUGUAUUUUCAAAACAAUAUUAUAAUAUUUUUACACUAAUCGUCACCGUUAUUUCAAGGAUAGAUGGAUAGUUUAGUUGUUUUUUUUUUUUUUUUUUAAUAGUAAGAACAUUAAAUUGUUUACGUGUAUUUUUACUUUUUUUGUCAAUAACGUAUAUAUAUUGGUAUACUUAGUUUUAGAUUUUCCCGCAGGAUAUUAAAUUAAAACUAAAUUAUAAUUUACUUACGAAUAAUAUUUUUAUAACCGAAAAAUAUCGCAUCGAUAAUAAACUAACAAAUAAAAACCGUAUAAAAAAAAAAAAAUGUAUCAUACGCAUAAAGAUCAAAAAAUGCUAUAAAAAUAAAUCGAAAAAUGAACAAAUAUGUACAAAUUACCGUAGUUAUGACAGUUUCGAUACAGAGUUUUUCAAAACGUGUUUAUUACUGUAAAAAAAAAAAAAAAAAAAACUUAUAAAGAAGUAUUAAAAUUUUGUGCAUUUUUCAAUUUUUUAAAUGAAAACAAUAUUUUAUUUUAUUUGUAUUUUUACUUAUCAAAAAUAAAACGAAAUACGUAUAAGUGAUUUAUCCUCGUAGACAAAAUUCAAAAACAUAAUAGACUUCAGGGCUAAAUUAUAAUUGAACUCCAACAGUUUUUUGACAUUAUAACGUACCUAUCUAUUGUACACUUGUAAUAUCUAAAUGUGAUAUCUAAAGUGUUCUAGCAUAGAUAUACAUACUAUUAAAUAAUAUCCUGUGAAAUUAAUAUUGCGUUGGAAGAUCUAUCUUUCGACAUAAUAUAUUUCAAAAUGUGUUCAAGUCUAAAAUACUAUUCAAAUCGAUUAUCGCGACACUUGAAAUCGCACAUUGGGUUAACAAUAUUACCGAAGUCCGUUUUCGUGUGCGAAGUUUAUGAGACGGAGGGAUCCUUGUGAAUUUAAAUAGUAAUAAUAUAUAACAGUCACCCCGAAUGAAACGGAUUCUUUAUUAAGUUCCAUAAUAAUAAUAAUAAUAAUAAUAUUAUAGUUAUUCAAAAUCGGAGAAGUCGCGUUUCUUAAAAAUAAAAUAAACGAAAUAUUGUUACGCAUUAUUAUAAUUAUCGUAAUAUCCUUGGUCUCGGAUAAGACAAGCUCAAAUCAGUUCGUAUAGUAUUAAAUACGAGCAAUUAUUCAAUAUUCGUGUAACCUUUUUUUAUGGGUUGUAUUUAAUUUUGCCCACCAAGAUAACAUUAUAGUGACAUUUUUAAAUGUAUUUUCAGUAUAACACGUGUUAUAGAAUAUACGCACGCUUAUGUCAUUUGGACGAAUUAUUUUUCAUACGAUAAUUUGAUGCAAUAAAUAUAACACAACAAUAAUCGCCGUGUCAAUGAUGUAUCGUAUUCAUAUCCUUUUCGCGAGCAUUUAAUAUGAUAUGCCGUGUAGGUUAGUCGUAAAGGUUCCGAUAAGUUCAAACCGUAUCCGUUUGCGAGUCGACCGCAUAUUGAUAUUAAUGAUAUUCUUCGACGGGGUAAUUUUAUUUAUUUUUUUCGAACGGUAUCGAACAAUCGCCGUGCACAUCUGCAAUUAUAAUAUGCAUACGUUACAUAGACCAUAUUAUUUAGUAUUCAUUUAAAUAAUGUUUAUGCAACGAAGAAGCUCUAGUGACUUUUCACACGAACCGUAAUAUUAUUCGGUUUGGCGAAUUAAAUAUCAAACGACCCAAUCAGUGCCAUCGAACAAAAUCGAAAACAAACAAUAAACGAACGCAAAUAAUCUACCUGUAAACAAUACAUCUAAAGGGUACAUAUGUAUUUAUAUUUAUAUUUAUUUAUAAACGCCCGACGGGCAUAGAGUACAGACGUAAUAUGUGUUAUAAUUCAAAAUGGUUAAAAUUAUUUUAGUAAACACCGUGGAGCAAUGAUGUGGCUUCGAGUAUUAUUUGGUUUGCGUCGCGUGUUAUAUUUUCGGCUCGGUUCCGAUACAAUAGGCGUUUUUAUUUUAGAUUCUGAACGGAGCGAGGAAUAUAUUGGUUUUAUAAUAAUGGUGUUUUUUUUUUUCUGUAAACAUCUUUUCUACCAGACAUUUUACUCCAAUUUUCAAAUGGGUAGCUUCUUUUUUGAUAGGAAAUUUCACUAGGAUGGUACUUUAGGGAGGCUAAUUUUUGGGUUGAUUUUCUCAGUGAUUUUCAUAAUAAAUGGGAAAAACUGAGAAAAAACGUAGGAAAAACAAGAAAAUUUACAAAACGUAUUAUUUUCCAAUUGCAAAUAUCACGGCCUUUCAGAACACGUAUAACCGAACUCCGUCCAGAAUAGGUUUUCGUUAGCAAUGAUUAAUCGUUGCGUAUAGAUGUACAUUCAAUUUCUCCUCUACCUUCUCAACUUCUCGCAUACCCAUCUUGCGAAAUAUGUCCAUUUGUUUUUCAAUAAUACGAUUAAAUUGGUUUAUACGUUUAUAAUUAUCAUGACCAUGGUUAUUUAUUCGAAAUUUCUUCUAAACGUAUACAUAAUACAGACCCGUUUUUAAUAUCAUUUUUACAUUAUAAGUACUUAUAAGUGACUAUAACUUAUAAUACAUGAACAUAUAAUAUAUUCUACUUUUUAAUUUUAAUUUAUAUACAUUUAAUAUAACUUAUUUUAAUAGUUCAUUAUAUAUUUUCUACUGUUUUUCGUUACACCUAUACUAUCAGUUAUUAAAUAAAAUUGAUUUUUCUUACACCGAUGAAGAAUGACUUAUUAUGACUGUGUCUAACAAUCGUCGAACCAAAAAAAAAAAAAAAAUCUAUAUAUAUGUGUGUGUAUAUAACGGUAUAAAAUCGUUUGAUUGCCUAUUAAAUGUUUCGGUAACGUUGCACGUAAAUUCCCUAACUUUGUGGAUUUUGACUAUUCUCAAUCAUUUUGAUCGGAAAGGUUACGAGUGUAAUAUAACGUUCGAAACUUUCGACUUGUCUAAUAAUGAUUGUUUUGAGAUGAAAAUCGGUCGAAAAUAAAACACAACUAAUAAUAUUAUAUCUAAAUAACUCUAGGCUGAUUUCUUUCUUCGUAUCUAUUUUUUUUAAAUUUUAAAUUUAGAAUUUUACCAAAUUUAACAACUUAUUAAAAAAAAGAUAUUGAUUUGUUUGCGUACAGAAUGGCGGUCGACGUACAGGGUAUCAACCCUCUUUUUAUGCUGUCGGCGUUCAAUCUUUUCUUCUACUUGCUGACGCCGGCGCUCGUUUUAUGGUAUGUUUACUACAGGAUGUCUCGGAAACAACUCUACGAACUCGCCCAUAAGAUCCAAGGAUCAGACGGACUGCCGUUUUUGGGAAACGCGUUGGAUUUUUUGCGAGACUCGCACGGUGAGUUGACGUGUGUAAAGAAAUUCACAUUGUUUUUGUUGGUGUGGUAAAUAAAAUAAAUAAAUAAAAACCUAAAUCUAAAAUUUCGAUAUUUUCGUGUUCAGCCAUCUUCCACAAGAUAUACGAGAAGAGUUUCGAAUUCGAUUUGACAAAACCGGCAAAAAUGUGGAUCGGACCCAGAUUGAUGAUAUUCUUGACCAAUCCCAAAGACGUUGAAGUAACUCAUAACGUGUUUAUAUAUUUAAUACUCAGUAUACGAUUGUGAAUUCGCCAUAGGUGAUUUUGAGCAGCAACGUGUACAUAGACAAAUCGCCCGAAUAUCGCCUGUUCGAACCUUGGUUAGGUAACGGACUGUUAAUAAGCACUGGUAAGUGAAAGGUUUGUGCGCUGAAGUUAUGCGAAUAGGAAAAUGAUGACAUUUUUCAAUUUGUCGCAGGUGACAAAUGGAAGGCCCACAGGAAAUUGAUCGCCCCGACGUUCCAUUUGAACGUGCUCAAGUCUUUCGUGGGAUUAUUCAACGUAAACAGCCGUGAAACUGUUAACAAACUCCGAAAAAUGGGCAACAAAGAAUUCGACAUUCACGAUUUCAUGAGCGAAUGUACCGUGGAAAUUUUAUUAGGUAAGCUUUUAACAAUAAAUAAAUACAUUUUACGCGCAACACAUAAUAUUUUUAUUGCGUAAUUUUAAUAUGCAUCUACUCGUAUAAUUCGGUUUAUUUUUGUUAUAAUAUAUAGAGACCGCAAUGGGUGUGAGCAAAAAAACUCAAAAGAAGAGUGGUUUCGAAUACGCCGCCGCUGUUAUGAAGUAUAAUCAAAUUAAUACAAAAAAAUACAUCUUAUUAUAUAUUGAUAAUAUUUAACUGGGGUGUUUUUUUUUUUUUUUUUUCAAAGAAUGUGCGAUAUUUUACAUAUGCGUCACACGCACUUGUGGAUGAAACCGGAUUUUAUUUUUAAUUUCACCAAGUACGCAAAGCAACAAGUGGGACUUCUCGAUCUGAUUCACAGUUUGACCAAUAACGUAAGUACCUGUAUCUAUAAUAAAUUAUGAUUAAUUGUAUGAUAAAAAAAAAGUCGUUGACCUAUUAUUCGAUUGUAAAUAUUACACAGGUAUUGGCCAAAAAGAAGGAAGAAUAUUUUAAAAAUAAGAGCCAGUUGACCGAGCUUUCUGACAGUCCGGUAGCAGAAGAAGAAGUUAUCGAAACCAACUCGACGACCGAGGUCGAAGAAGUGCCAUACGGAAACUCAUUUGGCCAAUCUGCCGGUUUGAAAGACGAUCUGGACGUAGACGAUGACGGAAUCGGUAUGACGAACACUAUAUUAUUAUCAUUCUUGGUGUGACGAAAUGUUAACUAUAUACUUGUGUUUAUUGAAACAUAUUAUAGGCGAGAAGAAGAGGAAGGCGUUUUUGGAUUUAUUAAUUGAAUGCUCGGAAAACGGCGUUGUAUUGUCCGAUCAGGAAGUUCGCGAACAAGUAGACACUAUUAUGUUUGAGGUUUGUUCCAAUGUCUAUAUAUCUGGAUAUGAAUUUAAAACAAAUAAUCGAUCGUUAGCCAAAACCAGUACGAAUGUUAAUUAACGUAUUUUAUUUGUAUAAUUUCUCAUAUAAGGGUCACGAUACGACGGCAGCCGGAAGCAGUUUCUUUUUGUGCUUGAUGGGUGCCCAUAAAGACAUUCAGGUAAAAAAACGCGCGUGCCAAGUAUUAAAAUUUUCGAUAUCGUUUACGUUUAUUGUUUUCGUUCUGUAUACAGGAAAAGGUGGUCGAAGAACUAUACUCGAUAUUCGGUGACUCUGAUAGACCCGUAACGUUCCAGGACACAUUACAGAUGAAAUAUUUAGAACGGUGCAUCAUGGAGACGUUGCGAAUGUACCCUCCGGUACCGAUUAUCUCGCGUCAACUGAAGGAGAACGUGAAACUCCGUGAGUGUAGACAAAUUUAUAUUAGACAUUUCAAAUUAUUGACAUUUUCUUAAUGGCAACCUGCUUACAUAUUUUCAUCGUGUGUAUGUUUAUAUUAUACAUUUUCUUUUUUUUUUACCUUCAGCAUCCAGUGACACAGUAUUGCCAACCGGCGCCACGAUCGUAAUCGCCACUUUUAAAAUCCACCGCAACGAAGAAACGUUCCCUAACCCGGACGUGUUCAAUCCCGACAAUUUCUUGCCCGAAAAGUCAGCCAGCCGUCAUUAUUAUGCAUACGUGCCGUUCAGCGCCGGGCCAAGGAGUUGUGUCGGUACGUACGAUUUUUACGAUUUUAUACGAUUUUUUUUUUGUAAUAAUAAUUGUGAGGAUGUUGCAUAUAUACUCACGUGUAUGUAUUUAAUCAAUUUGCCUGAAAAACUAGGCAGGGAUUGGGGAGAGGGGUAGGUAAAACAUUGUUAAUGAAAUGUAUGCCCGAUUCCAUGGUAAAAUCAUAAAUACGCCACUGACGACUAAUAUGUCAAUGUUAUAAAUUAUACCUGGCUUAAGAAAACAUGAUACAUCUUCCCCCCCUCGUAAUUCAAUUUCAAAAACUUUUAAAUUUUAACCUUGAAAAUAUUUUAGUAUUUUAGUAAUUAAAAUUGUAUAAUCACAUAAAAAUAAAAAAAAAAAAACACGGUACAUAUAUUGCGAAUUUGAAUAUUUUAGAAUUGAUAAGUUAGUUAAAAAAAAAUUCGUUAAAAUUGUCGAUAAGUAAACCUCUUAAAUACGGCCUUUUAGAUAUUAAAAUGUUUGCCGUAUCUAUCUAUGUUUUUAAUUUUGCCGUUAUUUUCCAAGCGAAUUAAUAAUUUAUUAUCAGACCAAGGUUAAAGUCGAAUAAUUUCCUAUUUACAAUUCUUUUUGAAAUAAUCGUAUUCCCGUGUAUAAAAUUAACGUAAGUUCGUUUUCAUUAACGUUCUAACCUCUGCGGACCCUUUUGUGAAUGAAAUCGUAAUUGAUCAAAAAUUAUACUGCAUGAAUAAUAAUAACAAUUCUAUUUACUACCUACUUUUUCCCUAUUGUAUUCUAUGCGAAACGUUUCACUUAAAAAAAAAAUCAACUUGACGUUUAAUAAAUAUUGUUAUUUUUAAUAAUCCAUGCACUGCCCAAUGAAUUACUUUUUAUAUACCUAACCUACAUCAUACAUUAUAUUUUUUUUUAUUCAGGUCGCAAAUACGCCAUGUUGAAAUUGAAAAUUAUUUUGUCCACCAUCCUACGGAACUUUGUAGUACAUUCGACGGUGGCCGAAAAAGAUUGGAAACUCCAAGCCGACAUUAUCCUGAAGAGGACUGACGGAUUUAAAAUCGUUUUAGAACCGAGAAAGUCACUAGUCAAGAGCGCCGCUUAAGUGCGCCGUGACAAAUUAUUUUUGAUUUCACGAUAUUAUAAUAUUUAUUCUCUGGAGCGGAUAAUUAAUAAUAAUUUAUUUAUACCAAUUUUAAUAUACUAUAUAUAUAUAUAUAUAUUUUUUUUUUUUAAAUAGUCAUUAUUCCGAAAUGGAUCGCAUCACGUUUACACGGUUAGGUAUAAACCGGAAUCGAUACUAAAUAAAAUUAUUCUAAUAUAAUGUAAUUAUGUUUUAUUUUUAAACUUUCUUUCUUUUGUGUGUUAUUUUAUUGUAUAUUACUAUAAUUUUUUUUUUUUAUAAGGAAUUUGGAAAAUAAUAUCACACACCAAUAUAUAUUAAUAUAUAAGUUAGACGAAAGACAAUCGCUAUAUUUCUUUUUGGUCAAUAUACGUAUACGAUAUCGAAACUGUAGUUUUAUUAAGA